AUUUGUAAAUAUUCCUCUGAUAAAGAAUAGAAAAUAAUUGUGCUAGCUCAAGAAACUAAUUUGAAUAUUUAAAUGCGUAGGCAUGUUUGAUAUACUGUUCUAGUAUUCUAAGUCACACAGUAGCGUACGUAAAAGUACCUCACAACGAACGAAAGGAGACAUUAAUAAAAUCCCAAAUUAAUGACUUACGUAUAAGAUAAUCGUAUUGAUAGUAAUCGAAACUGAUGACAAUGCAUUGAUUUAUGAAAACCCAAAAUUUUUUACCUUUUUGACGAGUUCAUUGCGGCAGCGAUCCUUCCGUCCAUAGCACAUGUGGGGGAGAGGGCCUCACGUGCGAAUGGUGGCAUCUUCAAACGGUACAAAAAGAAUAUAUAAGUUCUAUCGCGUUCACCGAAAUGAAAGUACCACCGUGUCCCCGGUGUGAGUCCUUACGUACCUUCGCAGCGUGGUGUCUCGCAGGUGGGGUAUUUAACAGGAAGGGGGAUGCUGGGCGACAUUCACCCGAGACGUUUAAACUGGAGCAGUUCCUGAUCGCGUCCAGAAGACACGACGCGAAUCGUUUCGGAAAACAACUACGACGUAAUAUUAUUCUAAACACAGGUGUACGACCGCGUGUAAACCGUGCAACGACCGGGACGAGACUAAGCAUCGAGUGCGACCGAAAUUUGAUAAACGCGCCCAUCGCGAUGUUCAAGAUGAGAGCGGUGCUCUUCUUUGUUGCGGUAGCAGCAACUGGAGCCAUGCCCCUUACGAAAGUGCACGUGAAAUUUGUUUCCCCUCCGCAUAUUUACGAGCACGGUAUUACGACAGAUGGGGAUCGGACGAUCGACCAGAGAUCGUACGUUUCCAUAGGAAGAAGAAGCACGACAGGAAGUCCUAGAGUAUUUGGACAACAUUUACGCAAUAGACCUAACACUGUACCGACUUAUAUCAAACCGGAAAAUGCUGAAGCCCUGUGGCCGGUUGGGGUAUUCAUACCGCCAGUAGAUAUCAAUGAUCUCGGUUAUAGUUCGCACGAAUCGAGACACGUAACACCGGAUUUUUCUAACGGACUCAAAUAUCAUGACCCGUAUCUGAUAACUGGUCGGAAGGCCAUGCAACUCGUAAAAUACCUUUAUAGCCGCGGUGAACUGUUUUACGACGAUAUUCCACACGAAAGAGCGCUUUUGAGAAACCAGGAAGAAAGGAGUCGAAACGGUCUCCAUGGUCACGUAUUGAGCAGUUUGAGGCGCACCUCUGCAUUCUAUAGGCGAAAUUGAUGUAGACGAAUUAAUUGAUAAUCUUAUUCAUUAUUAAUAUUAUUCAGGAUAAUCGGCUAAUCGCAUUUUGGAAAAUAAGAGAAUGUCUGCUAUAAUAUGUUAAAAACACUGCAGCACUUCCUUGUUUAAAACUAUUGAAAAUAAUAAAACAAUGAUGUUUGUUUUACACUGCUCGAUACUUUUUUUAUUUAAAAAUUUUGAAAAUAAACUAAUUACAUCUGUUUUCUACUGUCCGCACUUUACAGUCUUGCUGAUGUGUUAUACAGAUUUAUUACAUAAAACGUAUAUACCUCAAUUUCUUGUGAUUAUACAUAAGAUACGGUUAUAAAUAAAAUUAGAGUAUAUGUUUU